CUGGGCCCCGUUUCAUCAAAAUUUGCGAUGCGAUAUUAUCGCCGAUCGCCGAUUGCUGAUCUUUUACCUGCGAUUGCGAUAUUUUUUUAAAAGCGUUUCAUCAAACAUAUCGCAGAUUCUUGCCGGUAGUUUGCCGGUAGUUUAGUGCUAUGAGCGAUAAUCGCUCACAGUCUACUAUCAAAAUGACGUAAAAAACGGGCACCUGCUGAAUCUCGCGCCACCUGUCAUAUUUGACAGACGAUCAAACAACAACAAUGGCAGAUCUCGUAGAGAAUAGGAGCGCCUCUUGGCAGCCAAGAGAACUCGAGGAACUGCUCGAGGGCGUCAAACAAAAUUAUGAAGUGUUGUGGGGCAAAUUGUCCGGCACAUUAUCAAAGAAAGACAAAGACCGUGCAUGGUCGGACAUCGUCCAAUCAAUAAAUUCCGUAGGGGGGAACGAGAGGAACGUAGAAGAUUCAAUGAAAAAGUGGUGUGAUUGGAAGAGCCGGACCAUUAUGAAGGAUGCCAAGAGAAGACGCUUUGUGGAAAGCUCUGGGGAGGCUGCUCUUCCAAAAAAAAUGCAAUUAACUGUUUUGGAGGAUAAGCUAUUGUCCUUAGUGCCCAAAACAAAGCUGUUCGGAGUGCAAGGUGGAGGGAUCGAUACCGGUCCACUCAAGAGAUCCAUGCAAGAAAAUGAUAACCUAGACAAAGGAGAAGAAAAUAAACGCCUCAAGCAGAACGUUCCAAGUGAGCCUGUUCCCAUUCAAACAAGCUCCAAAAGCACUGCCAGCAUCCCUGCCAGCAACAGCAACAGGAAGACAAGUAUGAAGGAUUGUGAUUGUCAUCAGGAAAUGAUUUACAUAUCUCGGCAAAUGCUAGAGGAGAGUGUAAAGCGGAAUGAAAUACUGCGGGACAUAAGUUCAACACUAAAAUUAACAGCUGGCAAAGCUUUCCUGGACAACUUGUUGGAUCCCACAAAUUUUUAAAAAGUGUGUUAAUUAUGUUUAAAAAAAUAACAUCCCAUGAUAUACAUUUUGCUGUUAUUUCUACCUUGUUUAAAGGGACCUAUUCACAGAUUUAUGCAACUACUGAAGUUUGUCAUUAAAUGCUUUAAAUUAAUAAAUGUAAACAUUGGAAUUAAUUAGCUCCAUAAAAAAAGUGAAUACAUGUACAAUUAAAGAAAAAAAGUUAAACUCAACUGGGCUCGAACCACUGACCCUUGGAAUAAGAGUCUAGCAUUUUAGACCACUCGUUCAUCCAUGCUAUUACAGUGAGUGGUAUAUGUUAUACAUGUACUUCAUAUAAAAAAUCCUUGUAGUGUCACAAAAUAUAACGAUAACAACAUAACUUUCCAAAUUAUUCAAUCAUUUUGCAUUUGUAAUGCUGUAUUAUUUUCAGGUUAUUAAAUUGUCAAAAGAUGCAUAUACCGGAUAUUUUGGAGCAUGGUAAAUGUUCAGAAUUACUGUUAUUCUUAUUUGUAAAUGCUAUAAACAUAACUAUCAUAUUGUUUUAAUGUUGUACACAAUGUUUAUAAGUUAAUCUCAUGUAUAAACUUAAUUGUUUUGUCUCUUUUAACUGUACAGUACAUUGUUUUACUGUUAAAUUUUUAUGUGGCCCUAUAAAGGUGACCGUUUGGCGACAAAAUAUUCAUUACCCCUAUCCUGUAAAUAUUAUUUUUAAAUUUCCUUUUAGAUAUUGUCAUAACGCCACCCUGGGAGGUCAUCGCUUCUCAAUAGCCCUAUAUCCUUUAAGGUACUUUACAGACAGGGUCUUAGGUUGCAAGAGUUCAACAUUUGCUGUCACACUCAAAUAUAUUCCAAAAUAAAAUAAAAAUGCAAUUAUACAUCAUAUUUUCAUAUAAAUGUGCAAUCCUUAAAAAACAUAGAGCUAAUUAAGUAAGAUCCAGCUUCUAAACCAAUUAAUGUCCAACAAGUUGUAUAUUUUCCCAUUGUUUAAUAUUAAUAAUAAUAACAUUUUAUUACUAUAGUGCAAGACAUGUGUUUCUUUCAAUUGUCCAUUUCCAUAUUCUUUAUAUAACACUCAUUCCUUUAAAAGUGCAAUAAUGUUUACAUCCUAAAUGAAAAGGCGUGUGAACUAGGUCAUGGUUCAAUUUCGACCAAUCAGCGCCAACUUUUAUGGUCAAUGCCGUUUUAGCAAGUGGGGUAAAACCAGUACUUACCGAAACCGCCCUUAUAGUAUUCAAUGCAUUCUUGUGUA